CGCGUUCCGCGCCCUCCUGGGCGGCCGACGCUCUGACUCGCCCACCGAGGCCCAGUCACCCCCUCCUCAACUGACGCGACGAGAGGCGCUCCAAGAAGAGAAGGUCAAGUCCUCCGAGGCGGCCGGGUGCACGCGGAGCACAGGGUGCGCCGACACCGCGCCGCUGCAGCGGCGGCGCAGGAGUUGCAAAGUCGGAGCGCGAGACUUCGCCACCGCGCGGCAGCCCCAGCGAAGCUAGGGCAGCGUCGGCACCCCCAGCGUGGCUCCCCCGGGCCAGGCCCGCCGCCCGGGAGUCGGGCCGGGGGGCCGAGGGAGGCCGGAGUCCGGCGCCCCUAUGCGCCGCCCCGCUGCCGCGGUGCCACAGCUAUGACCCUGAGCACGGAGAUGUCCGAUGCCUCUGGCCUCGCCGAGGAGACAGACAUCGACGUGGUGGGGGAGGGCGAGGACGAAGACGACGAGGAAGAGGAGGACGACGACGAGGGCGGCGGUGACGGGCCCCGGCUGGCUGUCCCCGCACAGCGGCGGCGGCGGCGCUCCUACGCUGGAGAGGACGAGCUCGAGGACCUAGAAGAAGAGGAGGACGAUGAUGACAUCCUGCUGGCUCCGCGGGCAGGAGGCUCCCCGGCAGCCCCAGGCCCGGCCCCCGCAGCGGGCACCGGAGCCGGUGGGGGCGGCACCGCGGGCGCGGGCGGCGGCGGCGGCGGGAGCGCGGGUAGCGGCGCCAAGAACCCGCUGGUGAAGCCGCCCUACUCAUACAUCGCGCUCAUCACCAUGGCCAUCCUGCAGAGCCCCAAGAAGCGGCUGACGCUGAGCGAGAUCUGCGAGUUCAUCAGCGGCCGCUUCCCCUACUACCGGGAGAAGUUCCCCGCCUGGCAGAACAGCAUCCGCCACAACCUCUCCCUCAACGACUGCUUCGUUAAGAUCCCCCGCGAGCCGGGCAACCCGGGCAAGGGCAACUACUGGACGCUAGACCCCGAGUCCGCCGACAUGUUCGACAACGGCAGCUUCCUGCGCCGAAGGAAGCGCUUCAAGCGGCAGCCGCUGCUCCCGCCCAACGCCGCAGCCGCCGAGUCGCUGCUGCUGCGGGGCGCGGGGGCCUCGGGGGGCGCGGGCGAUCCGGCGGCCGCCGCCGCGCUCUUCCCGCCAGCGCCGCCGCCGCCCCCUCACGCCUACGGCUACGGCCCCUACGGCUGUGGCUACGGCCUGCAGCUGCCGCCCUACGCGCCACCCUCGGCCCUCUUCGCCGCCGCCGCGGCCGCGGCCGCCGCCGCCUUCCACCCGCACUCGCCCCCGCCGCCCCCGCCGCCACACGGUGCGGCCGCCGAGCUGGCCCGGACCGCCUUCGGCUACCGGCCGCACCCGCUCGGCGCCGCCCUGCCCGGCCCCCUGCAGGCCGCGGCGGCCAAGGCGGGCAGCCCGGGCGCCUCGGCGCUGGCGCGCUCGCCCUUCUCCAUCGAGAGUAUCAUCGGGGGCAGCCUGGGCCCCGCCGCCGCCGCCGCCGCCGCCGCUCAGGCCGCCGCCGCCGCGCAGGCCUCGCCCUCGCCCUCGCCGGUGGCAGCUCCGCCUGCGCCCGGCUCCGCGGGAGGCGGCUGCGCGGCGCAGGCAGCUGUGGGCCCGGCCGCCGCGCUCACUCGUUCCCUCGUGGCCGCAGCCGCGGCCGCCGCCUCCUCCGUCUCCUCAUCGGCCGCCCUGGGGACUCUGCACCAAGGGACUGCCCUGUCCAAUGUCGAGAACUUUACUGCUAGGAUUUCAAAUUGUUAAU